CUACGACCCCGCGUCCCCCAGGCCAGGGCUCCUCACCCACGGCGCCGGCAGCGUGCAGCGCCAGCCGGGACAGCAUGUUGCACGAGAGUCCGUUCAGCAGCCUCUGUGUCCCUGUGACCCCGGCGGGGAGACCUUGUCGUCCGCCGCACUAAGAUGGCAGAGGGCAAGCCUCGCGAGAGGAGGAGGACGAACGCUCUCCCGACUCGUCCAAUCUCCGCUCCUCCCGUCUCCAGCGCCAAUUGUCGCGAGAGCAAAAAGGAAGCCGGGGCGGAAGGGGGCGGGGUGGGGGGGGGGUAAGGAGAGGAGGUGGGAGGACGGAGAACGUAGCUUAGCAAGAACUCAGCGGCUAACGGAAAGCGAGGGGGGCGGGGCCGGGGAGGCAAGUCUCGCGAGAAGCGGGGGCUCAGACCUCUCGGCCAGAGAGGGGCGGGGAGCCCGAGUGGACACCACGUGGGGAGCGAAUCCCGGGAGGGAGAAGGAGGACGAGAGCCGGAACCGUGGAGAUGCGAAGGGAGUCCCAGCCGCCGGACCCGGAGCCGGAGCCGGAGCCAGAGUCUGAGCCGGAGCCGCAGCCGGAGCCAUCGCCGUCGCUGCCGCUGUCGCUGAGCUUGCCUUCUGCCGCCGCGGAAUGGAACCUGCCUCCCAACGCGCCGGCCUGUAUGGAGCGGCAGCUGGAGGCGGCGCGCUACCGGUCCGAUGGCUCCCUGCUCCUGGGCGCGUCCAGCCUCAGCGGCCGCAGCUGGGCCGGCUCCUUGUGGCUGUUCAAGGACCCCUGCUCGGCCCCCAACGAGGGCUUCUGCUCGGCCGGAGUUCAAACCGAAGCCGGGCUGUCCGACCUCGCCUGGGUGGGGGACCGGGGCAUCUUCGUGGCCUCCGACUCGGGUGCUGUGGAACUGUGGGAACUGGACGAGGGUGAGACGCUUAUCGUCAACAAAUUCUGCAAAUAUGAACAUGAUGACAUAGUGACCAGUGUUAGCGUCCUGAUCAAUGGCACGCAGGCCGUCAGUGGCAGCAAGGACUUCUGCAUAAAAGUUUGGGACCUCGCUGGAGAGAAAAUGCUGACCUCAUAUAGAGCUCACUCUGGCGAAGUCUCCUGUGUUGCUGCUUGUCCCUACAAGGAGUCUAAAUUCCUGUCAUGCAGUGAGGACAAUAGAAUUUUACUUUGGGAUAUCCGGUGCCCCAAGCCAGCUACACAUAUUGGCCAAGGUGCUUCCCAUCACCUUCCUACCUCACUGGCCUGGCAUCCUAAGAAAGAGAAAGUUUUCACUUUUGGUGAUGAGAAUGGCACUGUCUUCCUUGUGGACAUCAAGAACCCUAAAACUAUCCUCUCCUCCUCUGUGCACUCACAGAGCGUCACAAGGCUGGUGUUCUCACUAGACAGUUUUCCCCUCCUGGCAUCCCUCAGUGAAGACUGUUCUGUAGCUGUGCUUGACUCUGGCCUUACAGAGGUGUUCAGAAGCAGAGCCCACAGAGACUUUGUGAGAGAUGCUACAUGGUCCCCACUCAACCACUUUCUGCUCACGACUGUGGGCUGGGACCAUCAAGUCUUCCACCACACUGUGCCCACAGAGCCCACAGUUCUGAUGCCUGAUCUAAGUGGUGCCAGCAAGUAGAUUGGGUUUGAGGCAAAACAGGCCAAACUCCUACCAAUCCAUACCCACCCACCCCUUGGUUUGUGAGAAAACAAGUCCUGUAUGUAGCAGGUUUGAUCUGUUAGAGCCGAGCAGUUGAGGCUCCACGCUUCUCUGCCUGGGGUCCUGUAGACAUAAGGAGACAGCCAUUUAUUUUUUUAGAUUAUAUUUAAAUUUUUAAACAAAGAUAAUCGGGACUGUCUGUUCCCACAUCUAGUUACCUCCCCUUGUUCCUCCUCCUUCCCACAAAGUACAUAAAGAGGUAGAGAAGUGCCUCUUCAUGUCCCUCUGGUGAUGAGGAAUUUCAGGAAUCCACUGAGAUUUGGGCAUUCCUGUGUCCUAGGAAGGGUGUUCCUCAUGUGCCCUGUGGGGUUUUUAGUUGUGAUUAUAGAUCUGAGACAGAACUGGGAAACUCUUUAAAGCCUUUCCCACCUUGGGUAACACUAGGCCGACCUCUUGCAUCCGUCACUUGAGGGCGUUUGUUUCCUUUAAUAUGAAUCCCUCCUUGGCUGAGCAGGAAGGAAAAAGGUCUAUUUUUCCUAGUUUGUUGGGACCCUCUUUCCCUAGUGCAGCCACAGCAUUCAGGGAGAUUCCUUGCUACCUUCUUGCCCUAAUCCUAAGGGACUAGUUCCCGUGUUUUCUUUUGGAUAGAUGCCAGAGGGGACAGCUUAGACUUGGUUUGGGGACAUCCAGAGGGAUUUGAGGAGAGAAUGGGAGGUGGGGGCAAGACCGAAAACUGACGGACUAGAGGGGAGGGCUUUGGGAUCUGCUCCUCUGACACCAAACUGCCCUGACCUCCACCUUUUGAGGCUUCUCAGCUUUCAGGAGUUGGCUUGCUGUGGUUGGGGCCAUGUCAGUGAUGGAGAUUCCAUUGCCAAGAGCCAUCCCAGUGGAGAAUCUUAGAUGAGUUGGUGAAAUAAAAUUCUCUGUUUUGGGUUCUUUGG